CUUGGUUUGAACCAUUUGCGCUCCGCGCGCGCUGCUUCGCUCCCGCCAAAGACCAGCAGACACGUGCUUAUUUUAACAACAGUGGUGCAGACACGCAGGUCACACAGACAGUGAUUGACACCUCAGCUUCAGUAAAGCUCCUCAUACAGCAAUCCACCAAUAAAUGCAAGAAACCAACAAUCAGGAAAAUCCCUCCAGGAGUAAGAACUAAAAUCUUCAUACUGUUGUUGGAGUUUGUGGAAGAGAAGCUUGAGAACACAAGAGAUCCAUAACUACAUAAUGGAAACUAAAGAACACAGAGUUUCAGAAAUGAUGGAAGAGAAUAAGGACAGUCAAGCUGAAGUAAAAGAUGCUGAUGAGAAACAUCAGUGUGCACAAAAAUCCCAGAAUGUUUUACAAAACGGAGCUUUGAGAACAGGAGACAAAAAAUGUUUAAAGAGAUCCCCAAAAGUCGGACACAUAAAAGCUCACACUGAAGAGGAACAGUUCACAUGUCAACAGUGUGGAAAGACCUUUACAGGGUCAAAAAACUUUGAGAGACACAUGAGAGUUCACACCGGAGAGACACCGUUCACAUGUCAACAGUGUGGAAAGACCUUAACAGGGUCAAAAAACUUUGAGAGACACAUGAGAGUUCACACCGGAGAGAGACCGUUCACAUGUCAACAGUGUGGAAAGAGUUUCACAUGUACAAGUACCCUUAAGCAGCACAUGAGAAUUCACUCUGGAGAGAACCCCUUCACGUGUCAUCUGUGUGGGACGAGUUUCACCUUCAGACGUGUCCUUAGCCAGCAUAUGAGAACUCACAACGAAGAGAAACCGUUUACGUGUCAACAGUGUGGAAAGAGCUUUACAGUCUCGAAAAGCCUUGAGAGACACAUGAGAAUUCACACCGGUGAGAGACCGUUCACAUGUCAACAGUGUGGAAAGAGUUUCACAUGUUGCGGUAACCUUGGGAAACACAUGAGAAUUCACACUGGAGAGAAACCAUGUACAUGCCAAGUGUGUGGAAAGAGUUUUACAGACACAAAUCACCUUAACACACACAUGAGAAUUCACACCGGAGAGAAACCAUUUCAAUGCCAAGAGUGUGAAAAAAACUUUAGUAGUACCAGUUACCUUAAAGAACACAUGAGAAUUCACACUGGAGAGAAACUGUUCACAUGCCAACAGUGUGGAAGGGGUUUCACAUUCUCGAAAAGCCUUAAAACGCACAUGAGAAUUCACACUGGAGAGAAACCGUUCAGAUGCCAACAGUGUGGAAAGAGUUUCACAGUCUCGAAAAGCCUUAAGACACACAUGAGGAUUCACACUGGAGAGAAACCGUUCGCAUGUCAGCAGUGUGAAAAGAGUUUCACAGUCUCGAAAAGCCUUAAGAUACACAUGAGGAUUCACACCGGAGAGAAGCCGUUCACAUGUCAGCACUGUGGAAAGAGUUUCACAGUCUCGAAAAGCCUUAAGCAGCACUUGAGAGUUCAUACUGGAGAGAAACCGUUCACAUGCCAUCAGUGUGAAAAGAGCUUUUCAAGUACCAGCAGCCUUAAGACACACAUGAGAAUCCACACCGGGGAGAAACCGUUUACAUGCUCGGAGUGUGGAAAGAGUUUUGCAGUCUCAAGUAACUUUAAAAAACACGUGAAAAUUCACACUAGGGCGGAACCCAUUAACUGAUUGCUGCAGUAAAGGUUUAUCUAGAGAGACCCGUGAGACGACACACAAAGGUGAAUCUUGCUUGUGUAGUGUUUGUGUUUGCUUUCACAACAGACCUGUUUCAAAGCUCAUGAGAAAAUAAAUGUUGCCAUUGAAGGCUCGACCAAAAACAGUCCAGUUGUAAUCACAACACCAGGAAUCUGUGUGGAAUUGUUUCUAGAUCACCCUCGACCAGGCGCUAGAGCAGAUCACUUGAUUGACAGAUGGAAUGCCGCUGCUGUCAGCAGUUUGUCUGAGCUAACUUGAUCGCUUCAAGAUAUUGAUAUCAGUAUAAAAAGUUAAAAUAAAAUAGGAAUCUCUCUUACAGCAAUACUUAAUUUAAAGGAUUUUGUCAUUUCAAAUAAAGUUAAGAUAGAAAUCAUUAAACCUAAAACGUACAUUUAUGUAAGAACACCCCUGUUCCUGUUCCCUUUACAUUUUUACAAUAAGAUGAUAGAGACAUAGAAAAUCACCAAAAAUGACUUCAGCAGUGUUUACACAGACAGCACCUUAUUAAAUGAAUGUGAAUUUAUUAUCUCAUGGGAACCUGUAUUUUUUUUUUUCAUUUGUUUUUUACAAAAUAAAUGUGAAUCAGCAACCGUUUUUAAUUAA